ACACACUGCUUACACUCUCCAACCGAGGAACAGCAGAGGGAACAACAUGUGGAAAUGAUCCAUGUGGAGCUUUAAUACAUGAGCUAACUGGAAGAAUUAAAGCUUUGCAGUAAAAUAAAAUAGGGUAAUUUAUAGUUUAUUAAUUAUGUCUUUCUUUAUAAAGAAGAAAUCCGCAUCAGCGGUUAUGGGGAAAGGUGAAAAGUCUGCUGCUGGCAAGCGAAAGGCUGAUAAUCAGGGUGGAAAGGGGCGUCCAAAAAAACUCAACAAACGCCUGAAUGAGGAAAUCUCCAGCGAGUCAGAGACCGAAAACGAUGACCUGAAGGUGAGGAAGCAGAGGGAGGCAGAGGAGGAUGAGGAGAUCGAGGAGACGCCGCAGGAGAAGAAGCUGCGUCUGGCGAAGCUUUACCUGGAGCAGCUGAGGGAGGAAGAGGAGAAGAAGGCGGAGGACGAGGCGUUUGAGUCAGACCUGAUAGCGGGACGCUUGCAGGAGGACGUGCUGGAACAGAAAGGCAAGCUGCAGAGACUUAUCGCUGACGAGAUCAUAGCUCCGGAUCCUGCUGAAAUCCGCUUGCUGAGAGGACACAAGCUGCCCGUCACGUGUCUGGUCAUCACUCCAGACGAGAAACACAUCUUUUCUGCAUCGAAAGACUGCUCCAUCAUCAAGUGGGAAGUGGAGAGCGGGAGGAAGGUGCAGAAGAUCGCAGGAGGGAGGAAAGGGACGGAGGACCGGCACGUCGGUCACACGGGACACGUUCUCUGCAUGGCCAUUUCCUCUGACGGCAAAUACCUGGCCACAGGAGACGUGAACAAGCUGAUCAUGGUUUGGGAAGCUGCUACAUGUAAACAUCUGUACAAGUUCACGGGACACAAAGACGCCGUAUCGGGUUUGGCGUUCAGGAAAGGAACACACGGCCUGUACAGCGCCUCUCAUGAUCGCUCGGUCAAAGUGUGGAACGUGGACGAGAACGCUUAUGUAGAAACUCUGUUUGGUCAUCAGGACGCGAUCACAGGUUUGGACUGCCUCGGACGGGAGCGCUGUGUGACCGCAGGGGGCCGCGACCGGACGGUCCGAGUGUGGAAGAUUGUCGAGGAGACGCAGCUGGUCUUCAACGGACACGAAAGCUCCAUUGACUGUGUUCAGCUGAUAAAUGAAGAGCACAUGGUUUCAGGAGGUGACGACGGCUGUGUGUCCGUCUGGUCCGUGAGCAGGAAGAAGCCGCUGACCACGGUGAAGCAGGCACACGGUCUCCAUGGCGAUGCCGGGCUGGAGAUGCCGUACUGGGUGUCUUCAGUUGCAGCGUUGCACAACUCAGACACCAUUGCCUCAGGUGCCUCAGGCUCCCAUAAUUCUGCCGUCCAGCUGUGGAAGUGCGGGCCGGGAUUCCGAGUCCUGGAGCCACUCUUCACCGUCCCAGUGAAUGGUUUUGUGAAUAGUUUGAAGUUCUCCAACACAGGAAAGUUCCUGGUGGCCGGCGUUGGACAGGAGCACAGACUGGGCCGAUGGUGGAGGAUAAAGGAGGCCAAGAACGGACUUUACAUCAUUCCUCUCAAACGACAGAGCAAAGAGUCGACGGCUGAGCAACAACACAAUAACACGCAAUAACACACAAUAACACGUAAUAACACGCUCUGAGGACUGUACUUCAGUUUUGUUUUGGAUGCUAUUUUUUUUUUUUUUUGUUAUCAUGGUUAUGUUCAUUAUAAUCUAUUGUGCAGAAUUUCAAAAAUAAAUUUACAUUUACGUUCCCAG